GGUUCACUGGUGUGGACGCCAAGUAUGAACCUCCUCAAAACCCUGAUGUUCGUGUGGAGGCUGGCAAUGAAUCCAUUGAUGAAUGUGUGCAGAGUAUUGUACAGCACUUACUGGAUCUGGAAGUGAUACCAUCUUCAGCCGUCAACACCGUACGGGAGCUGUUUGUCCCCGAGAACCAAGUGGAGACUGUCAGGGCUGAGGCAGAGAACCUACCAGCACUGGAGAUUAACAAGCUGGACAAGCAGUGGACACAGGUCCUGGCCGAAGGAUGGGCCUCACCUCUCAAAGGCUUUAUGAGGGAGAGGGAGUAUCUACAGUGUCAGCAUUUUGGCUGUCUAUUAGACGGUGGUGUAUCCAACCAGUCAAUCCCAAUUGUCUUACCGAUGCAGACAGAAGAUAAGGACCGGCUCAGUGGAUGUGGGGACAUAGCGUUACGUUAUGAAGGAAAGUGUAUCGCUGUGUUGCGGACUCCAGAGUUUUUUCCCCACAACAAGGAAGAAAGAUGCUGCCGUCAAUUUGGCACGAGCAACAAAGGGCAUCCUUAUGUCAAGAUGAUCUAUGAGAGUGGUGACUGGUUAGUUGGUGGAGAUCUCGAUGUUAUAGAGCGGAUUUAUUGGAAUGAUGGACUAGACCAGUACAGACUUACACCGACGGAGCUGCGGGCCAAAUUCAGACAGCUCAGGGCAGAUGCAGUGUUUGCGUUCCAGCUUCGGAAUCCCAUACACAAUGGUCAUGCACUGUUGAUGGCAGACACCAAAAAGCGACUUCUAGAAAAGGGAUACAGGAAACCUGUCUUACUCCUCCAUCCUCUUGGUGGAUGGACAAAAGACGACGAUGUACCACUGCCAACACGAAUGAAGCAGCACCAAGCCAUAUUGGAAGACAAAGUUCUCGACCCAGACAGUACUGUACUGGCUAUAUUUCCCUCACCCAUGAUGUAUGCAGGCCCUACAGAGGUACAAUGGCAUGCCAAAGCCCGAAUGUCUACGGGAGCCAACUUCUACAUAGUGGGUCGGGACCCAGCGGGAAUGCCACACCCUGACGGGAGCAGAGAUCUGUUUGAUCACACACAUGGUUCUAAGGUACUGACAAUGGCUCCUGGACUGACACAGUUGGAGAUAGUCCCAUUCAGAGUGGCUGCCUAUAACACCAAGCUCAAACAGAUGGCAUUCUUUAAUCCUGACAAGAAGGAAGAUUUCGACUUUAUCUCGGGCACUAGAAUGCGCAAGAUUGCCCGAGAAGGAGGCAAUCUCCCUGAUGGUUUUAUGGCACCAAAAGCCUGGAACGUCCUCAAGGAAUACUACCAGUCGCUAGUUCAGAAAUAGAGCAACUGGGACUUACUGUGGGCAUAGAUAUUUUUGAACAUUUUACUGCUUUUGAACACUGCUUUAAUUUUUUUGCGGGAAUACUUUAGUACUCUUGGUUGAUAUUUACAUGUGGACCAGAAUUUACAUAUUUACUGAAAUAAAAUACUUAUAUUUGACAUGGGAAUUGUCGGUCAUCAGAGGCUGUGAUUUUUAACUGUUUUGAUAUUUCUUUGUUGGUAUUGUUAUAGUGAUCAUGUUUAACUGGGAAACACCACAGGAACUGAUGAGAUGACUUGUUAACCGCUCACAUCUCGUCUCAUCGUUGGGUGAGGCUGUAUUGGCUGUAAAUGUUUCAGUUGUGUUUAUAUUUGAUAUACUGUAGACAAAAAAAUAAUGUAUGUAGACUACUGUUGUAACACUUGAUACUUGGUGGUACUCCUGUGACAACUGGUGUUAUGGUUGUGACAACUAACAUUACUCCUGUGACAACUGUUGUUAUGGUUGUGACAACUGGUCUUAUGGCUGUGACAACUAAUGUUACUACUGGUGUUACUCCUUUGACAACUUGUGUUAUGGUUGUAACUACUUAUGCAACUAAUGUUACUACUGGUGUUACUCCUGUGACAACUGUUGUUAAGGUUGUAACUACUGAUGCUACUCCUGUUACUACUGGUGUUACUCCUUUGACAACUUGUGUUAUGGUUGUAACUACUUAUGCUACUCCUGUGACUCACCAUGCGAAUUGAUGGACCAAAAUUUUCAAAUUUACCAAAUGUUGUUGGUUUAUUGUAUAACUCAUGUUAUUUUUAUUGUUAUUUUAAAAAUAUCUGUUUACUAUAUAGGAAAGCAUAGAUGAACAAAGGUCUCUGUUUACUAUAUAGGAAAGCAUAGAUGAACAAUGGUCUCAUUUAAUUGUGAGUCAUUGUUAAUCCAUAAAGUCAAACACAAAAUUAUCUGUUUACUAUAUAGGAAAGCAUAGAUGAACAAAGGUCUCUGUUUACUAUAUAGGAAAGCAUAGAUGAACAAUGGUCUCAUUUAAUUGUGAGUCAUUGUUAAUCCAUAAAGUCAAACACAAAAAUAUCUGUUUACUAUAUAGGAAAGCAUAGAUGAACAAAGGUCACAUUUAAUUGCGAGUCAUUGUUAAUCCAUAAAGUCAAACACAAAAAUAUCUGUUUACUAUAUAGGAAAGCAUAGAUGAACAAAGGUCUCAUUUAAUUGUGAGUCAUUGUUAAUCCAUAAAGCCAAACACUAAAAUAUCAAAAACCAUUGUGUGUGUAUUAAAACACGUUGUUGCCGCACAAGUAUUAAAAAUAUCUGUUAAAUUUUAAACAUUUUUAUCAAUUUUUGUUGAAGAUGAAUUAAUUUGAUUUUUUUUAAACUUCAAGUUCCUAUUUUUGUGAACUUUUUUUUUAAUAAAGGUACAGGCACACCUUUUGUAUACAAUGUAUUGUUAGAUCUACACAAACAAAUACGUGAUACAGGUUGAGAGAGACGUCUGUGAAGCAGCAGGACCUUACAGAUGCUCGUCAUACCCUUGUCCAGUAUAACACUGUCAUAUACUCUCUCAAUAUCGAAAUAUCGACUGUGGAAUAACAAUUUAUACAAAUUGAUUACUUGUUCAGAUAUUUUUAGUUGAAGGAGAAAUCCAAAUUUGUGCUUUCCACAUUUCCAUCAUGCUCCAACAAGGUGUUCUGUUAUGAUACAGAAAUAAAGUUACAUUUAAUUCAAACUUCAAAUGAACCUAUUAUCAUGAGAAAUAUGAUUAAACAGAUCUUUUACAAUCAGUUAUAAUGUAUUUUAUUGGGUUUAUCAUUUCAUAAUGAACAAAGUUGAAGUUGAUAAUUGUACCUUUUAGAAAUUUAUAAUUUUCAAAAUAUGUGAUGUGAUGAAAAUGUUUACAAAGUAUAUUGAGGGUACCAAAAGGUAUAUUUAACUACAAAUUAAAGCCUAGGUAACUAG